AUGAGCGUCGACAUGCAGCAGGGGGACUCGUACUUGGUCUUGGUUGACGAUGGCGGGGCGGUUGUCAAGCAGUUCGCGCGGUCGCAGGGGCGAAUCACCUUGGGACGGGCGUCGAAGAACGAUCCGGGCACAAAGGACCCGUCGCAGGGCAAGUUCCGCUCGGACAACACCAAGGUCAUGUCGAGCAGGCAUGCACAGAUCAGCUGGGACGGCGACUACGCCCACAUCACCGACCUCGGCUCGACCAACGGCGUCGUGAUCACGCGCGCAGACCAGAAGGUCUCCCUCAAGCCCAACGUCACGUACCGCAUCUUCGAGCACGACCAGAUCACAUUCGGCAAGCAGGUCUCGGAGCGUUCGACUGGCGAGAUCAUCUGCCGCCCGAUGACGUUGACGGCCAGCAUCCGUUCGUCCGCCUCGAUCCCGCUCAACUCGACGGCACCUCGCUCGACCGCUCCGUCCGUCCCGCUUGUCCGCGGCCGCACUCUCACCGGCGAACGCUACAACAAAGAGUUCGCCGACUGCAGCUCGGAUGAGGAGGACAUCGGCGCUACGCAAGCCGUCGAGGACAAGGUCGCCGACUCUCUCAAGUCGACCUCGUUCUUCCCGACCAAGCGCGGCUUCGGGCUCUCGGACGACGAUGUCCUCAUCAGUCCCGACGAGGAGGACAGCAGUCUCGAGCGUCUCCAGAGCGUCAACCUCAGCGACGUCGAGGUCGUCAACAACGACAGCGCUUCUCGCGCGCUCAAGCCGGCGCCGUCCGUCGUCGAAUCGAUCGCUGCCGCCUCGCAUGUUGCCGUCUCGGGUUCGCCUGCACCAGACGCCUCGGACGUCGAGAUGGUCGACGCCUCGUCCCGCCCCGCCUCGCGCGCCGACAGCCGCGACGCUCGCUCGCCUCGUCCGGUCUCGCGCCGCCUGAUCGUAGACAAGGAUGGAGACUACACGGAAGCUAUCGAUCGCUCCACGCAGUCGUUCGACCGUCCACCAUCGCCAGUCAGCCCCGAGACGCUUAAGACCUCGAGCAGCCGCCUUCAACAGGACGAGGAAGCUCUCCCUUCAGAGGCCUACGAGAGUCUCAACAAGCGUCGUCACGAGCGUCUGCAACGCAUGGCCGAGCUCGAGGCCAAGCUCGAUUGCUUUAGGGGACCCGCUCCGCCCGCGUCGUUGCCCGACGUCGAUGGUGACUCGCUGUCCGACCAGUUCGACUUCAGGAAGGUCGAAUCCGACGCUCCAUUUGAUGGCGUCAGCGUCGCGAGCCACCUCCCGUCGCCGGUCAUCUCCGAGGCGGGCGAUUGGAACGAGGAGCAGGACGCCUGGCGCUCUUCGUUCUCGCCCGAGCAAGACAUGACAGUCGAAGUUUCUGCGGAUGUCGAGGUCGAGGAGGUCGAGGCACUUCCGUCAGGGGAAGAAGUCGCCGCGAUGGUCGAGCAGGCCGAGAAGGAAGAGUUCGCCAAGACGCGCCAGAUGCAGAGCCAGCUCGAAUGGGUCGACUCGGACGACGAGAUCCUCGAGCCGCGUCCGCGUCAAGCUAGCCCGGGCGCACUUAUUGACGGUCGCCCACUCUGGUGCCCGGACGACGAGCAGAAGGUCGAGCCGCCCGUCGUCGACUACGUCGAGCCACCGAAGCCUGCUGGCGAGGCUGGGAUGCCCUCUGAGCUCCAGAUCGAGGCGUCGACCUUCGACUACCAUGCCGACCUGCCGCCGUACGAGCAGUCGGCGGACCAGGACAUCGACGACGAGGAGCCGGAGCCUGCUGCCGUCGAGCCCGCCGCUCUCAAGCACGACCUCGGCCUCGCUCGCGAAGUCCUCGUCGACUUGAUGACCUUCAAGGCAGCUUCGCAGGGUCUCGAGUCGGAGUCCGAAUCCGAGGACCAGCACGAGUCGGCGAGCGAGGACGAGUCGAGCAGCGAAGUCUCGGCUAUCGACUAUGAUGACGAGGAAGAAGACGAGAUGGACGACGAGGAGGAGGUUGACGAGGAGGAAGAGGAGAGCGACGGAAUGAGCGAGUGGAGCGGUCUUCACGAGGUUGACGAGGAGGAGGAGCUCGACGUUGAGUUCGACCCGGAGCUCAGCGGGCGCGUCGCCAUGGAGCUCGAGGAGGCGCAUCAGGAGAAGGAGGCUCCGAUCGAAUUCGAGGAGGAUGUCGAGGUCAACGCCGAGGUCGAGGAGGACGAAGCGCCCACUCCGCUCACGCGCGACGGUCGCCCCGACACCGCGGACGUGGCAGUCGUCCCUCUCACGGCCCUGGAUCGCUUCAGGAAUGCGCUCGAGAAGAAACUUGCAAACAAGCAACCGGACAUGCAGCUGAUGGAGGCUCACAUCCUCGCCGAAGCGGCCCUCGUGGACGAUGAGGGGAUGCCGCCCUUGGUCGAGCAUGGUGGCGUCGUCGAUGCGGAUGUCGGGGCAGUCGUCACGGAGGAAGGACAGUCGGACGAGGAAGACUUCUCGAACCAGAUUGAGAAGGUCAACGCGGCGGCCGUUGCUUCCUCUCAGCUCGACGACGAGACCGGCAUCGGCUCGCCCCCGCCGAGCUCAUCCCGCAAGCGCCGCUUCGACGACACCGGCCUCGAUGAUUGCGACGGAGACGAGCUGGUCGCUCUCCACGAAGACGUGCGCGACAAUAACGCACAGCUUCAAACUUUGAACACGCAGGCCCUCGCGACGCUUGGCGUCGAGACGCAGCCUCUCGCGCCCGCUCAAGUCCCGGUCGUUGCCGCCGCCGCCGACAGCGCGCCGCAGGUCCCGCAAGUCAAGCGCCGCCGCCUCAACAUCCCCUUCAAGUCUUUCGCGCUUGGUCUCGUCACAGGGGUUAUCGGUACCGUCGCAGGCCUCGCCGCGCUCCCGACUUCCGACUGUUAA